AUGUCUGUGUCGUAUUUUCCUUCGUCUGCACGCACGCAGCUGCCGGUGCCAGUGACUGAGAGCGCGCCAAAGCACUCCGAGGAUAUCCAGGAGGCAUACGUUGAACGCAAAGAUAGCUUGCUCAACGCAAUAGAUUACACCAAAACCGUCCUGGGUGAUCUCCGCACAUUCAACAAGUCAUGGCCCGUCCGAUAUCCACAGCUGCACGAGCAUCCAGGGGCGGAAAGGGCUGAGCCGUCCAAGCUCAAGAGCCGCAAGAGCUUGCGCCGUUCACUCUCGUUCCCUGACGACCCCUCUUUUCAAGCGGACGUCGUCGUCAAUCCUGCGAGGAAGGGCAUGACCCGCUCGGUCACCCUCGCGUCCAUCGCCGACGCAGAGGACGAUGCAGAUGUGGAGGGGUCGGAUGAUACGGAACGACUCAUCCCAGUAUCGAAUGCUGCAGAUUUCCACGUCUUCCGUCUCGACCUCAAGCUGGGCGCCCACGGAUCGUCGAGUUCGCCUGCCGCUCUUGUCUCGCAGCUAGAAAAGUCGUCAAUCGCGAAUCUACUGGACGAGCGCAUCAGCACAGCCGUCGCACACAUCGACAAGCUCCGCCUGCGCGUCGAGGACACCUCGUCAAAGGUGCUCGUCACCGGUGACCUCAACGCCGGAAAGUCAACAUUCGUUAACGCACUGCUACGCCGGGAGAUUAUGCCGGUUGAUCAGCAGCCUUGCACAUCAGCCUUCUGCGAGGUUCAUGAUGCCGCGUUGGAGAACAACGGAAAGGAGGAGGUACACAUUUUGAAGGCCGGUGUGCCAUACAAGAUUGAUGACGAGUCGACCUUCACUCGCGCUUUCCUGUCUGACCUUGACUCCAUCGUAUCUGCGAACGAGCACGUGGAGCAGGUACUCAAAAUUUACGUCGCCGAUACGCGCGAGCCUUCCGAGUCGCUGAUCUCCAAUGGCGUCGUCGACAUCUCUCUCAUCGACGCACCGGGUUUGAACCGCGACCUGGUGGAUACGACCGCUGUCUUCGCCAGACAGGAGGAAAUUGACGUCGUCGUGUUCGUCGUCUCGGCCGAAAACCACUUCACGCUCUCAGCCAAAGAGUUUCUCACGAACGCGAGCAAGGAGAAGGCCUACGUAUUUAUCGUGGUGAACAAGUACGAGCACAUUCGCGAUAAGGCCAAGUGCAAGCGUCUCGUGUUGGAGCAGAUCAAGCAGCUGAGCCCCUCCACUUACAAGGACGCAGACGACCUGGUUCACUUCGUCGACUCCGCUACGGCCUUCCAGAACGGCGCCCCGUCAUUCGAGACGCUUGAGUCGUCGCUGCGUUCAUUCGUUCUUGUGAAGCGUUCCAAGUCUAAGCUCAUGCCCGCGUCGACGUAUCUUAAUCACCUUCUUUCCGACGUCGAUCUACUGGUGGGAGCAAACGCAAUUGUUGCCCAGGCUGAGUUCGAACGUGCCAAGGAUGACUUGACUAAGUCCCGCCCUGUAUUGGAGAAGAUGCAGAGUGGUCGGGAGGCACUAGAGGAGGCUCUUGAGUCCGUGGAAGAGGAAGGAGCGUCCAGUGCUGGUGCUCGGACGAAGCUCGUUCUUACAGAUGCACUGGACCUCGUUGGUCAGGGCGAAUUGGGCGUCACUGCGUCCGGUCUUCACAUGCCUUCUUACCCUGGAUUGCUUGGAAUCUGGGACUACUCCAGGGCGGUCAGGAAGGCGUUGCUGAAUAGUCUCGACCUCGCAGUCAAGCUUGCAGAGGACGAAGCGCGAGUCACAACGACCAACGCCGUUGACCAGAUCAAGCAGCUUAGCGAGAAGCAUCUGCCAGAGGGCGUCGCUCCGUGGAACAGAGUUUUCCUCCCGCAAGCGAUGUUUGCCAACCAGGCCAAAGGCAAGAACGUGCGCAGAAAGUCCCAGGGCUUAUCGGGCGCUGUCGUUGCCGGCGGCACGCUCGGGUUGGGUAUUGGUCUCGCGCAACGCCCUGACAUGCUGGAGACGACGUUGUUCGACCUGUUCGACGUGCAACACGAGUUUUGGGUACACUUCGGCGAUGGCAAGGGCGAAGACGAUGAGGAGCGCCCUAUCAGCACUUUGGGCAUCGCUUCUGUCGGUAUGGGCGCGUUGACCGUGGUUGGUGGAAAGGUCCUUGGAGCGCGUGGUAUCAUCGAGGGCGCCGUCCGUGUAUGGGACAUGUUUGAGAAUGAGACGGUCCGCACCUGGGCUGCUCCCGUUAUCGGCGCGACUGCCAUCGGUCUGACGGUCUACUACAUCCUCGAGCUCCCCAACUCGAUCCCGAAGACAGUUGGUCGCCGGAUCAGAGCCUCGCUUCUUAAGAAGAAUGAGGGUCUGGAGGCCGGCACGUUCGUAGACGUCAACGUCUUGCGGGUGAACAGGGAGACCAGGAAGGUCCUCAGGCUCGCUUCAUACGACAUGAAGGAUCGUUUCCGCUCGACAAUGGACGAGAAGACGCGUGAGGUGCAAGGCGCGGAGGACUUGGAAAAGAGGUCCGAGACUGCACUCAAAUGGUUUGGUGAUGUGGAACGAAGAACUGGCAAGGCCAGGGAGCUUGCUGGACUAGCCGGCUCUGCUUGA